UCCAACAACAGUGAGAAUAUUCGAUCGUAACGAUUACUACAGUGUCCAUGGAGUCGAUGCGACCACGGCCGCUGUCGAGGUCUUCUCGACGAAUUCGAAUAUUAAGAAGAUGGGAAUUGAACCGAAUAAACUUGAUUAUCUUGUCUUAUCUAAAGGAAAUUUUGAAAUACUCAUAAGAAAGUUACUACUGGUGCGUCGAUACCGAGUGGAAAUAUACGUCGCAGAGGGUUCCGUCAGAGCGUGCGAGUGGACGGUCAAAUACAAAGGCUCGCCGGGGUAUUUCUCUCAACUGGAGGAAAUCCUAGGCGACGGCCUCGGCUCCUCGGAGGAACAGGCUCCUUGUUUAAUGGCUGUUAACAUAAAAACUGACACUGUGACUAAAGGCCGGCUGCUGGGCGUCGCGUGCGUCACUCCGGGGGAGUAUGCGAUGUCCGUGUCGGAGUUCACAGACGACGAUCUGUUGACAGAGCUCGAGACCAUCACCGUUCAAAUGGCACCUUCAGAGUGCUUGGUUUUACCCACCGAUAAUGAGGAUUAUAAAUACCUAAAGAAAGUCAUGGAAAGAGCGAAUGUGACCGUAACUGCGGUUAAAAAGACGAAUUUUUCCACGGAAGGGCUGAAUCAAGACUUGAAUAGAUUGCUUAAGUUCAAAGACGGACAACAGCAGGACGCCAACGCUUUUCCGGAAAUGAGCAAAGAAGUCGCCAUGACGAGUUUGGCAGCUACUAUAAAAUAUACGUCAUUGUUGGAUGAUAAUACUAAUUUCGGCAGAUUUCAACUAACAACAAUUCAACCAGACUGCUUCCUCCACAUGGACGCGGCGGCUCUGAAAGCUCUCAACGUAUUUCCCGAACUGGGGGACACGAACCACGCUCCUUCUAGAAGCUUAUAUGGACUUCUAGAUAGGUGCAGAACACAGCAUGGGAAACGGCUAUUAGCUCAAUGGCUUCGUCAACCUCUUCGGGAUAUAAACCUGAUAAAUGAAAGACAGGAUAUUGUAGAACUACUAAUGAAUAACACACAGCUCCGUCAACAACUGCACGAGGAUCACCUGAGGAGGAUACCGGACUUGCAAGCCCUGGCGAGACGACUGACGAGGAAGAAAGCUAACUUACAAGACUGUUACCGAAUUUAUCAAGCCAUAAAUAGACUGCCGGCCUUGCUACAAUGCUUGGCGGAGGCGAAUGACGCAACCUUACACUCGUCCCUGGCGGAGCCGAUAGCGGAACUUAACAAUGACCUUGAAAAGUAUCAACAGAUGAUCGAGGCUACAGUCGACAUGGACGCCGUCGAAAGAGGAGAUUAUCUAGUGAAGCCAUCGUUUGAUGAACAGUUACAGAGCUUAGCAGAUCAGCUUGAGAUAUUACAGUCAUCUGCCGAGAAGGAACUCAACAAAGCUGCGAGAGAAUUGGGUUUGGAUGCUGGGAAAACUAUUAAACUUGAAAGCAACCCGCAAAAUGGUUUUAACUUUAGAGUAACCUUAAAAGAAGAACACGGCCUUCGUGGGAAUAAAAAGUACACGAUAAUCGACGCUGUUAAAAGUGGAGUCAGAUUUAAAAACAGCGCGUUAGAAAGUAUCACCGAAGAAUACUUGCAAACAAAGAGUGCCUACGAAAAGGAACAGGACAAAGUCGUUACGGAAAUCAUCGGUAUCGCUAGCGGCUACGCGGAGUGCCUGCGCGGGCUGUCGCUGCAGCUGUCGCGCGCCGACGUGCUGCUGGCCUUCGCGCUGGCGGCCCGCGCGGCGCCGGCGCCCUACUGCCGCCCCGCCCUCUCGCGCGCGCCGCACGAGCUGCUGCUGCUCGGCCUGCGCCACCCGUGCCUCGAGGUGCAGGAGGGCGUCUCCUUCAUCCCCAACGACGUCGUCUUCCGCCGAGACUCGUGCGUGAUGCACGUGGUGACGGGCGCCAACAUGGGCGGCAAGUCGACGUGGCUGCGCGCGGCGGGCUGCGCGGCGCUGCUGGCGCACGCGGGCGCCGCCGUGCCGGCCGCGCGCGCCGCGCUGCCGCCGCUGCGCGCGCUGGCCGCGCGCCUCGGCGCCGCCGACUGCGAGCGCCGCGCGCACAGCACCUUCAUGGUGGAGAUGCUGGAGGCCGCCGCCAUCCUCCGGACUGCAACACCAGACUCCCUCGUCCUCAUCGACGAACUCGGUCGAGGCACGUCCACUUAUGAGGGCUGUGGAAUAGCUUGGGCAAUAGCAGAAAAACUGGCUACGGAAAUCAAAUGUUUUUGUCUAUUUGCGACUCACUAUCACGAGUUGACUCGUCUUGCGAGCUUACAUCCGAAUGUGAUAGUGAAUUCUCACGCCGAAGCCUCCGUUGUGGACCAACAGUUGGUGUUGCUCCAUAAAAUCCUUCCAGGACCUGCAACGCAAUCGCUGGGACUACAUGUUGCCAAACUGGCUGAUCUUCCUGACUCAAUCAUUCAGUACGCUGAAGAGAAACAGGCGCAAUUGGAAACAAACCUUUUUGAAGUUGAAUCGGCCUUCAAAUCCGAGGAUAACACUGAAGGACAGAAAUUAAUAUUAGAUUUUUUGCACAAGUGCAAAGAAAUACAUAAUACUAUAUCUUCGGAUGACGAAAUGUUAAUCGAAAUCAAUAAACUUAAGCAACAAAUGUUACAGAAGGAUAGCAAAUAUGUGCAGGCGUUAAUGUCCACUUUGUAAACUUUUGUAUCUGUCUAAGAAAUAAAGAUUUGAAUUCAAAA